CCGUUGGCGAUUGUGGACGCGAUUAUUCUCCGGAGACGACGACGACGACGUUUAGUGAUCGUUGUGAAAUUCGGUUUUUUGGUUUUAUCUGUUGAGUUCCUUCCCGGUCCGGUGGAAAAAAGGACGAAUUCUAUCAGUGAACUGUUUCCCAGGAUACGUGAAUAAAAGUGAAUCGAUUCAGUGUUCGGUGGUUUGUGGGUGCUCGAGACGACGCAAAAAACGUGGUGAAUUAAAUUGGCGAAAAGUUUCAGAGUUUCCGGAAUUCUUUCGAUUUCUAAACGAUGCAGUGGAUGGAGCGUCAUAAGAUGCGGUUUCUAUGUGUCUUCGUUCUGCUGCUCGCGGCUGUGAUGGUGAAAGCCGAUUCAACGAGCAGUUCAUCAGGUGACACCAAAGAGGUGGAUUCCGACGUCAAACGGAUACGCAUUGAUCCAGCACUGAGAAAGGCUCUACUAAGGGCCCUGCGUCAUCUGAAGGAACGCCAAGAGGAGGAAGACUUGCUGAACGAUUCCAACACUACGGAGGAGAAUUAUGCAACUACGCUGUUGGAUGAGAUUCUGGAGGAAAGCACCUCUCCGGACAGGAAUUUGAACUACCACUCGUAUACUGUUGGAGAUGCGAAGGAAACGAAGAGUGAUGAUAACGAGAUCAUAAAGACCAUUAUCAUCACUAAGCCCAAGACGACGCUGUCACCACCGAAGGAAGAUCCGAUCUACGUUCCGGAUCCGAUCAAGGAGCGUGAGAACGAUAUUGAUUCGAAUCAGGUGGCCCGUAGUGUGAGUUCCGGGCUGGCGAACCAGCUGGAAGAUGGCAAGGGUGAGAAGGUGUCGUUCGAAAAACCGGCGUUGACUACGGUAGAUUUUGAAGCUAACAGCACACCUGAAUUCACGACUACGCUGUCUCCGGUAACCAUGACGACAACAACUGCGGCAGCCACGACAACCGUGUCAACAACUACCACCGAAGCUCCGACGCACAACGACGACGGCGAAAACAUCGAGAAGGUCAAACACGAAGAUGUUAAGAUCUACCAGGCACCACUAGUUGCUGCUUUUACGGUUCAACAGGACCAACUUGGUGUUCCACGGAAUGUCAUCCCAUUGCUGCAAGCUCUGCCAAGCAAGAAUCCAGUCGAGUUCAAUCCAUCGACUCCAAUUGCAACUAGCUCGACCCCUGCAGCCCAGGCUCAACCAGUUUUCAAGGGUAGUCAAACGAUAGCUCCGGUAGUAACUCCCGUCCCCAUCAAUACUCAUGCCUUGGAAGAGAAGACUCGGCUUCUGGAACAACAGCUGAUCGCCCUCCAAACCCAACAACGAAUCCAGGAACAGCUGCUGCGAUCAAAGAUCUUACAAGAACAACAGCUGAUUCUGCAGCAGCAACAACAGCUCCAACAGCAACGUCUACGUCUGGAAGAGGAAACCCGACUACGGCUACAGAAGUUCGAUGAAGAGCAGCGUCUUUUCCGGCAACAGCAGCAACAGCUCCAGAUCCAGCAACAGCAACUCAAAAUCCAACAGCAGCAGCAACAACAACUGCAACAACAACCCCAGAUCAUCCCAAUCCCACUGCACCAGCAACAACCACCUCAACAGCAACAGCAACUCCCGCAGAAACAACAGCUACAGCAGUUCAACCCACCACAAUCCCAACCUCAGCCACCAAUCCAACCACCAAAGCAAGUCCUUCCUCCGCCUCCACAGCCCCAGUUCAUCCAAGAGCUACCCCGCAACAGCCCGGCAGUCCAGUUCAUCCCCAGUAUCGCCCUUCCGGGGAAAUCCAUCCCGAUCUCAGUGGAACAACAGCUUCCGUUCAAGGAACCCGUUGAUUUCCAACUGAUCCCUUCGAAAUCGGUCGCUGUCGAACAAAUCAAAUCGAUCAGCCCCCCGGCCGUCCAACAAUUCUCGAUCAUUCCCCCAUCUCCACCGCAGCUCUCCAAGCAGCAACUUCUUCCGCUGAAACCAUUCCAGCCCUUCAACAUCAAUGCGGUCCCCUUAUCACACCAGCCUCCUCUUCCCCUAGAUCAACAGCUGCCCAAUCUUCAACGAACUCGCGUCUUCCGCCAGGAAUCCAGCACCGCUAACUUCGGCCUCAACCCUCAACCCCCACAAUCCAACGCCCCCUUCCGACCAUCCCAACCGAUCCCGAUCCUCCAACAACAACCGAACAACAACCCCUUCGGAUCGCUCCGUAACGACAACCAACUCCAGAACCUUUUGCUCCAGUCCGGCAUCACCUCUCGUUCGGCCGAAGAUUUCAACAUCAUCACCAAGGUCCUGGCCCUGAACCACGGAAUCCCUCAGUCCUCCUCACAGCUGAUGUUCGCCAAACUUAGCCCGGAACAGCAGCAGCAACUUCUCUUCCGGAAGUAAACCCCUUAAACCUUUCACCUUUCACUUCCUUUCCAAUCAACGAAUAAACAAAAAAAAAACAUUUCCACACCCCUCUAGCAGCAAAACGAAUGACAGAAACGAAUGAACGAGAGAGCGCCAGUAUCGUAACCCAUCCAGCUAGUGACCUAGUCUCUGCCAUAUUUAUUGCACGUAUGUGCGAGAGUUUGCGUGAAUGGUUGCGCGUUCUGUGAGCGUGGGUGUGAGUGAGUUCAGCUUUCUUCCUCUACGUUUUUUUUUUCAUCCUUCAACACAAUUCCAGCCAGGAGAUUUAGUAGUUCAACGAAAAACUAUUCCGCAUUAAAAUAAAAGUUAAAGGUCAGUUGUCUACAAAGUUCCCCAAUAAAACAAAAAUAAACUCGGAAGAAGUCAUACUCGGGCAGUUACCACUACUUCCUUCCUUCCGUCUCCGUAUUUACAUUGUAUUUGUUUUGUAUUUCAAAAGUAUAAUUAAUUUUGCUCGGUAGAUAAGCUAACGAUAUAUGUAGUCGAGUAAGAUGACAAGAGGAUUAACCGUGGAGAUAGGUACCACCGCCGUACGAUGAAUAAAGUAUUUUUCAUAA